AUGACGAAGAAUAUGGAGGAGAUGAAAAACCUUGUUAUGGACCAAAAAGACGAUGAAGUUAAAUUCGAGAACAUCAAAAAUUACGUGAAAACGCUGUACGACGAGCAAAAGCCAAAGUUUAGCAACCCAACAGUAUUGGGCCUCGCAGGCUUUGGCUGCGCUGUUAUUACGUUUCAGAUUCAUAACUUUGGUUGGAUGGACCGAGGGCCCACGAUGUGGGUGGCACUUGUUCUGGGAGGGAUUCUGCAUUUAGGAUUUCAAGAGUUCCAAACAGGCAACAAUUUCGGAUAUGGUGCAUUUAGUACUUUUGGAGGCUUAUGGACAUGUUUCGGUCUAAUCCUGCUUGGCGACAAGAUGGAGUGGUAUCCAGCUAGCAAGAUCGACAUGGGCUGCAUGAUGAUAGUGUUUACGGUGUUUACCGGCAUUUGGCUAUACCCGACCCUCUACAUGGAUUUGGCACUGUGCCUGAUGUUCUCCGACCUGUUUCUAGCUUUUAUUUUCGCUGACAUUGAGCUGCUGACCGGCGAAGUGCGAGGGCCGAUGUCGAAGGCCGCAGCGACGCUAUUUCUCAUAGGUGGCCUGAUAUCAUGGUACAUCAUGGCACAUUUCAUCUACCUGGAUAUCUUGAAGAAGGACGUUUUACCAGUAGGUCGAGCUCCAAUCACUAUCAUCCGCUCUUAUCGCACACGAGGAGCCGACCGUAGUAAUGCCUGA